AUGGUACGCCAUUUCGAGUAUGAGGCUGUCGUAGGAGAACCUCAACUCAAAGACGCUGUGAGCGGCUUCGUGAAAAGUCUCUUCUAUCUUCGCUCUUGUGGGAAAUUCACCUAUAGCAAGGACGGGAAAUGCGACAUGGGAAAAAUGGAAGAAAAGGAUGUUUGGUGUGAAAGCUUCCCGCUGGUGUACAUCUGCGCCACAUCACCUGAAUUCGACAAGGACAUCUCUGAAUUCAUCGACGAGUUCUGCAAAGCGCUGAAGGCUUCUGAGGAACGCAAUGGGGAAAGGAAGGGAAGCAUCUACGUUGAGCUGUACGAAAUUAAGACCGAGGAACGCUUCAUGAUCACUUCCACCACCGAAGAAGUCUGGGAAAAAUACACUCUCAACUUCACGAUGAAGGACAAUUUCGAGAUGAAAGUCAGACACGGGAGGAGGAUUCAAGACGCGAUCGUCAAGAUGUGUAAAGAAGCAUGCGAUCAGCCGGAUGCCUCAGCAAGGACGUGCGUCGAAGAGAGUAAGAUCGGAGACAAGUUCAUCACCAAGUACUCUGACGUGCAACCUUUCCGCUAUCGCAUAAGCCACGAAACGGGUCACAAGGGCUUCAAACUUCUCAACAUGUUUGGAUUCUCUUAA